GUUUGACAUUUCUGUUGAUAGCUUAUUUGUAAAAAUAGUUCAUUGUUAACUAAUUUUCCUUCUACCCACACAGUUCAUGUUUUCACAAACAUGUAGGCGAUAUUGUUCGAAAUUGAAAUUAGAAAUUCCGCAGGAGCUGGCUGAAUAGAAUCAUUCGAUAUAUUUAAAAAUAAAAAACGAACGUGCCACCAUGACACGGUUUUCCCUCCAGAAUGCCAGCGACGUAAGGUUAAGAGCCCGCUAUCGCAGUGUUAUCAGCCACUCGUAUAGGUACUGUGCACGUUUGACCUGACACUUCAGUUAUCAGGUGAGUGCCACGAUAAACACCGCGCUCUGUCUACCUGUUGAUUGUGUUUUGUUUUUAAUUUUUGAACUCCAAACCAAAGAGUUUGUGACCUGCUGCGGCUGCGACCUCUGUGCGGAGGUUGACGCGUGACCUGCGAACAAGGAGUUCGAUACCACACCGCUGAUUACAGCAAAGAGGUUAUCGCUUAAUCAUUGUGACUGUGCGUUUCGUGAUAUUUUGUACAGUUUUGUUAGAUUGUGUUAGAUUUAGGUAUUAAGUUGAGUAAGUACUUAGUUCAAGUAACAUUACCUACUAGUGCCUAGUAGUUUGUUGGAAAUAAUGUAAAUGGUACUAUUUUAACUUAAUUGACCCAUAUACAUCCACCUUUCUUAGAUUGCAAAUUGAAACAAAUACUUGCGUAAGUACCUUUUAAAUUACCUAGAUUAAAGUUUAAAGGGUAGAUAGGUAUACCUAUAGUUGGGCAUUUAACUAUCAAUCUAGAAAGACCAUUCAUAAACGUCUUUAUCAUAGUAUAGUAAGUUGAAAGAAAUAUUACCCUUUAUCAGUAAUUUCAUACUGAGGUGUGGCUAAUAAAUGUCAGAAGCUUUGUUUAUGUUGACGUCAUUUUAAAUAUUGAUUCAUUUCCUAGAUUUAUCAAAAACAUAACAAUGGCAAAUUCUAAUACUAAAAUUGAAAGUGAUAAAAAAUUCGCUGAUAUUGACGAUGAACUAAUAAAAAACAAAAGACAUGAAACUUUAGAGGAAACAAAAAUAAAAGUAGAGACAGACGAACCUAAACUAGUGAUAAACUUAGACGGUGAAGUGAGAAGUGGUGAUGAAAGUGAACUAGUGAAUAAGAGUGGUGAUGGUGAUGCAGCUGAUGAAGGAAGAAGUGGGAACCAGAGAGAGAACAGACUCACCAGCAUCAUCGACCAGUUACGAGGAGCCAACAAGCUGAAAGGCUACACGCCACGGGAAGGCUUCAGCGGCGACGCCAGUAACGGCGAUGCGGGGCUGGCUCCGAUGCUAGCGUCCCUGCCGCGCCGCGAGCUGGACGCCGAGGCGCCGGUGGUCUGGCCUGCAUGGUGCUACUCAGGUGAAGGCGGCGGCGGCGGCGCUCGGCGCUGCGCGCGCGAUGCGGCGGCGUCGCCCGCGCAGCAGCAAGCCACGCCGCUGGUCAAGACUGAGCGGCUCAGCCCACACGACAACAGAUCCAGUGCCUCCAGGUCGCGCAGCGUGACGCCGUCCACGUCGUCGUACCCCGCCACCCCCCCGUCCCGGGGCUCCCCGCACGCGCCGCCCGCCCCCGCGCCGCCCGCCCCACGCAACUACUCGGACAUCAUGAGGUCCCUCGCCGCCAGAUAUAAUACGCAGCAUACUAGCGACUACUUCCACCGCGUGAAUGGGUUCGGGUCGGUGGAGCCGCGGCCGCCGCUGCAGACCUCGCCCCUCAGGGUGGAGAGCUCGGAGACCCCCCUGGGGGGGUUGUUCACGAGGUUCGCGCGCCAGCAGGGCGGCCCGCCGCGCCUGCCCGCCUUCCCUGUCAUGCUGGAUAUGAGCUCGACUAAGACGUUGCUGGCGAUCUCUCGCGUGGGGCUGCGCGGGCGGUCGCGACGCAAGCGCGGGGGUGCGGCGGGGGCGGGGGCGGCGGGGGCUGAGCACUCGCCCCUCGACCUGUCAGCGGCGGGCGAGACCGCGGCCAAGCGCGCGCGCCUGUCCGCCAGCCCUAGCACCAGGAGCGACGAUGGACCAGGAAGCGAUGACCGAGGUUCAACGCGCGGCGAUUGUCUUUGCGCGGAGGCCCGCGCGCGCCUGCAGGCGUGGACCGUGGACGACGUGGCCGACUUCGUCACCUCCAUCGACAUCUGCGCCGAAUACGCCACGAAUUUCCGUGAGCAGAGGAUCGACGGCGCCGGCCUGCCGCUGCUGACCGAGGAACACCUCACGGGGAUGCUGCAGAUGAAGCUGGGUCCCGCGCUGAAGCUACGCGCCGUGCUGGCCCGCCGGCUCGAGCCCUGCGCCCCGUGCAACGCCGCAGCCAGCGCCGCCAACGUCACGCCAAAAAUCAACGGAACAUCACUAAAAUCCGAACCGAGAAGCAACACCACCAGUCCCAGUUAAAACCGUGUUCUUUUUUCGAACUAGUAUUAUUUUUUAUUCUUAAUAUGUGCAAGCAACGAGUUUCGUUUUCGUCGCUUCAAUGUUGGUACUGUUUUUAAAUAAUGGCUGGAUUUUUAAAACUGUUUGCUUGCAAGUGACUAUCAGUGUUUUACACGUUUUCAGCGAAUAAAAAUGUUUUGAACGACAGUACAGACUUAUUUCCAUUUCAAGAUUUUUUCUCGUCAUCAUCUUUGUUCGUCGUUCAAGUCAUGUUUAUUCGUUGCGUGGAUUGGUCAGCUAUAGCUACGAUUAGUAGAUUUAUAAAUAAUUUGUUUUACUUAAUAAUUACGGUUAGUCAAUGAGUCCACUUAAUUAAAAGUCUUCCUAACAGUUUUUUUGCAUUUAGUUAUUACGUAAGACGCUUUAGGAUAAGAAUAUUAGAUACAAUCCGAAGUGUAAAUACCAAUUAAUGGUGCCGUCCAAACAAUAAGAUUUAUAUAUAAUCAAUAAACAACAAUACUGUUCGUAUAAAAAAAUAUAUAUUCAAUCCAUACAAUAUUACAUUUUCAAAACAGAAAGUACGGUUGGUAUGCAAAAAUGGAUAUGUAUACCAGAUCUUUGACGAAUUAUCACAUAUUUUUAAGCCCCAUAAAUUGUUACAUUGCUCCUGAAUGUACGGCCUGGUAUCUUUAUUUUUGCAUAGCAGCCUGAUACGUGAUAUGAUUCAUUAAUAACCGAAUAUUACUAAUUUAACUUAUAUUGUAUAUUCUCUUUGAUAAGUUGUAAGUUAUACAAAUAACUUAAAUUGUUUGGUGCUAGCCGACCCUGAAAGAGCUUUGAUGAAAAAUUACUAAAAUUAUUGUGUAAAUAUUGAAGCCGAUAUUUUGUAAAAAGAUGUAUUUUUGAGGCUACUUGUUCGUAAUACAGGGUCACAAAGUUAUAAACUGUUUGUAUAUAGCAUAUAUAUAAGAGGUAUGUAAUUAUAACGGCAUUGUAUACAUAGCAUUUACCUAUUCUAAAUAAAUAUAGCAAACUGAUCACACCUGAAAAAAGCUCAGUUAUGUAAUGUACGCUCAUACACUUAUAUACUAUGUUUAAUAAAUAACGAAUUUGCUUAUUAAAUUAAGUGUUGUAAACAUUCAGUAAAAGCAUAAUACUUAUUGUUAUAACAUCAGUAAAGCUUGCUCGUGCAUUUUGCCUUCAUGUAAUGGUUAUUUGUUAUAUAUUCAUUUGUAGAUUAGUUAAAAUAUAAAGCAAACGAACAUGGUCUGUCGACCUGUGGUAAUCUCCUUAAUUGCCAAAAUAGUUAUUUUUGAAUAGACAACAAAAUGUAAUAGUUUAAUUACCUAAUAAGAAAGCAAUACAUAUUUAACACAGUUUUAUAGUUGUAAGUACGUAAAAAGGUGCUGUUGGACAUACAACCUGUGCCUUGCGCUCCCGUCUUCCUACAAAAUAUAAAAUAUCACAACUACUUAAUAAAUACCUAUGUUAAAAGUUUAUGCCCUUUUCAAAGUAUUACGGUUAACGCUUUAAAUAUUGAAAUACUGUAAAUGGAAACAAUCCAUAUUAUUCUUGUAAAUUUUAUACUUAAUUACUGACGAAUUUUAAUAGUGUAGCUGUAUUUUUAAGUUUAUUUUAAGACACAUUUUGCGGACCAGUGACUUACACACUUACAGAAACAUUGUAGGUAAUUUUUCGAAGGUAUGCCUAAUCAUUUCCAAAUUCAAAACUAAAUUCUGUUAAUAUUUUUUUCGGAAAUCGGUUUAAUUUAGCUUUAGUUAUGGUUAUACGAUUUGUAUAACUAAGUUUUAGUCACUUUGUUGAAGAGGAGCCCUGUACUUAGUUUGGUAGCUUAAUCUACUUAGCUGUAAAUUGAGGUUAAGUAUUUAUGUCGAAAAAAUAAAUCGACGGAUUAUUGAACUAA